GGAAGCGCCGGUGUCCGCGGCGGGCGGGCGUGGUGCGGGUGGCCUCGCAGCGGCGGGCGCGCCUCCCGAGGAGGUGGGCGCGCAGGUUGUCGCUGUUUCACGCGGGCCCAGAGCUUCUCGGGCAGCUGGCCGAAUGGGCCCCACUCCCGCUCUAGAGCCUGCAGAGGAGGGGCUGCGGUCGGGAUUAUUGAGCAGAGGGGACUGCAGCCAAAGCCUUUUCUCCCGUGGUGAGAAAAUGAAGCUGAGCUGCCUUCACCUUACUUUGAAAAGGGAGUGGGUUCUUGGGCUUUUUGUGCGUGUUGCCACAUGCGAUCUUGUGGGCAGAGACCUGCCUGUUUCACUGAGCUGUUGUUUCAUAGGACGUUACUCCAGACCCAAGAGAGAGUGGAUGUGGAGUUUGGAUUUUAGUGGACCUAGUUUAGCAAAACAUGGAUUCAUGUCAGCUACCGUGCACGCUCACCCAGACAAUUACGUGAAUGAGAAGAUGGAAUAGUUCCGGGCUCCAUCAUCUUAGGGAGUCAGUGGUACUUCUGGCAAGUUCUGUCUUCCCUGGCUACUAUGGUUCGUGCACUAACGCGGACCAUGUGGACUGCAGAUGAGAUUGCCCAGCUGUGUUAUGAGCACUAUAGGACCAGACUGCCCAAGCAGGGGAAACCUGACCCCAACCGUGAGUGGACAUUACUAGCAGCCGUGGUGAAGAUACAGCCUGCAGCUGACCAGGCCCAUGGCAUCACUAAUAAACCGGCACAAGUGACGAAGGAAGUUGUCUCCAUGGGAACAGGAACGAAAUGUAUAGGCCAGUCCAAAAUGAGGAAGAGCGGAGACAUCCUCAAUGAUAGCCACGCUGAGGUCAUAGCCAGGAGGAGUUUCCAAAGGUACCUUCUCCAUCAGCUCCACUUGGCGGCCGCCCUGAAGGAGGAUAGCAUCUUUGUCCCUGGAACUCAGAGAGGGCUGUGGAAACUCAGGCCAGACCUCUCCUUUGUGUUUUUCUCCAGCCAUACACCCUGUGGGGAUGCCUCCAUCAUUCCAAUGCUCAAGUUUGAAGAUCAGCCCUGCUGUCCUGUCCGUAUAGACUGGGCCAGUAAGCCAUCAGAAGCCAGUGGUGACCUGGAAGCUCCUGAGGACACAGAGAGAUGUGAGGGCCUGGGUAGUCCUAUGACCAAAAAGAUGAGGCUUGAGCCCGGGACUCCUGACGGUGUAGCUCAACAUCAGAGUUUUGGCCAUCAGGAGAGUGGCCCAGUCACACCAGACGUCAGCGGCUCUCAUGUUACUGCACAGGAACAGGCCCCUGUCACCAGAACGGCCCCCAGUGGUGUCAAAGUGGUGGACGUUUAUAGAACCGGAGCCAAGUGUGUGCCCGGAGAAGCUGGAGACUCCCGGCAGCCUGGUGCUGCGUAUCACCAGGUGGGGCUGCUCCGAGUGAAGCCCGGCCGGGGAGACCGGACUUGCUCCCUGUCCUGCAGUGACAAGCUGGCCCGGUGGAACGUCCUCGGAUGCCAGGGGGCACUGUUGAUGCACCUUCUAGAAGAGCCCGUCUACCUAUCAGCUGUGGUGAUUGGGAGGUGCCCAUACAGCCAGGAGGCGAUGCAUAGAGCUCUGACCGGGAGGUGCCAGAACAUCUCUGCGUUACCGAAAGGCUUUGGAGUUCAAGAAGUGAAAAUACAGCAGUCUGGUUUACUGUUUGAACAGAGCCGCAGCGCAGUACAGACAAGAAGGGCUGAUGGCUCGGGCCGACUUGCUCCUUGUGGUGCAGCCAUCAGCUGGAGCGCAGUUCCCGAGCAGCCGCUGGAUGUCACUGCCAAUGGCUUUCCGCAGGGAACAACGAAGAAAGCCAUCAGGUGCCUUCAGGCCAGAUCCCGGAUCAGCAAAGUGGAACUCUUUAGAUCAUUCCAGAAACUGCUAAGCAGUAUUUCGGAGGACAAGUGGCCAGACUCCCUCAGGCUGCGGAAGCUGGAGACGUACCACGAGUACAAGGAGGCCGCGUCUGCUUACCAGGAAGCCUGGAGUGCGCUCCGAAAGCAGGCCUUCGGAUCCUGGAUCCGAAACCCACCAGAUUAUCACCAGUUCAGAUAAGAAGGGCAAACUGCAACAAGCAUGUUGGUGGCAGAGUUUUCCGGCUCUUCACACUGGACCACUGCUUUCCUUUGUGCUAGACAAGAUGGAGCUUUUCUUGUGGCCGAGUCAGGCAAAAAAAGAUCUGCCAUCUACCAGAGUGACCUAUCACUUCAGACAGAACUCUGGAACAUGGAACAGUCUAUCCUUGAUUGAAGUCGCUCUCUCUGCUGAAAUGGCAUCUAGCUGAUGACCUUGGCAUCUGUGCUGACUCGUGUGUGAUUGCUUCUCUAAAAUAAUGGAAUAAGAUCGUGGAACGUGAUGCUUUAAAAGGACUCUGUGGUUGCUCUGUUUUGGGUGCUCUUGCUUUGAUUUGGCAAGUGUUUAUGGGACUGAGAUGAUGUUCAGAUCUGCAAGUUUUAGUGCUUCCUUUGGUGUUGUGGACGGGUUUUCUCUACUCAGCCUUUCUUCCUGGGAGAACUACCCUUUCCUGCUCUACCCACAGCACUUGGUUGAAGCAGACCUUUCUCCCCGGCUGUGAGAGUGGGAGCCAGCCCGACAGUCCCGGAACUGUGAGAGAGCUAGCAGGAAGAGUCUCUCUCUGCUGUAAAGGCCACAGAGUCGUGGGACCGCCUGUGGCUACUUUUGCCACCACACAGCAAUGGGCAGCUUGAGAAUGAAGGCAGUCAAGAAGGAAAUCUGUUCCCGUGACCUUGUCUGUAUGCCACUGCUCACCUUGGACUCCCAAGUAUGUGACUUAAAUUUGUAUUAUUUUGGUUCAGCCUGGUUGAGUAGGUUUUCUGAAGCUUGCAGCUGAAAGAGUUCUGUCUAAAAGGCCAAAGGUCUGGGGUGCCUGGGUGACUAGUGGGUUAAGCCUCUGCCUUCGGCUCAGGUCAUAAUCCCAGGGUGCUGGGAUCGAGCCCUGCAUCAGACUCUCUGCUAAGUAGGGAGCCUGCUUCCGCCUCUCUCUCUGCCUGCCUCUCUGCCUACUUGUGAUCUCUGUCUGUCAAAAAAAUAAAAAAAAAUCUUUUUUUAAAAAAUAAAAUAAAAAAAUAAAAGGCCAAAAGUCUGUAUAGCAGAUCGGCAGCAGACCUAGCAACCAACAUGUAAUACUUAACUCUCGGCCUCUCCAUACCUUCCAUCACUGACGGCAAGGCAAGUUCUCCCUCUUUGGAUUAUUCAAAAUCCUUCUCAAAGUUCUUCAGCCUUUUUUUUUUUUUUUUAAGAUUUUAUUUUUUGGGACGCCUGGGUGGCUCAGUUGGUUAAGCAGCUGCCUUCAGCUCAGGUCAUGAUCCCAGCGUCCUGGGAUCGAGUCCCGCAUCGGGCUUCUUGCCCCGCAGGGAGCCUGCCUCUCCCUCUGACUCUGCCUGCCACUCUGCCUGUGCUCUCUCUCUCUCUGACAAAUAAAUAAAUAAAAUCUUUAAAAAAAAAAAAAAGAUUUUAUUUUUUAACUUUUUGUAUAAAUUCAUUUUAGUUAACAUAUCCUGUAUUACUGCUUUCAGAGGGAGAAUUUAGUGAUUUCUCAGUUGCCUAGAACACCCAGCAGUCACUACCUCAGGUGCCUCCUUAACGCCCCUCCCCCAGUUACCACAAUCCCCCAACCACCUCCUUUAGAUUUUAUUUUUAAGUAAACUCUGCACCCAACAUGGCGCUCAGACUCACAACCCCAAGAUCAAGAGUCAUGCGUUCCACUGACUGAGGCAGCCAGGUGCCCGCCAUUUUUGUAUAGCUUUGAAUUUUUUUUUUUUGAAGAUUUUAUUUAUUUGACAGAGAUCACAAGUAGGCAGAGAGGCAGGCAGAGAGAGAGAGGGAGAAGCAGGCUGCCUGCUGAGCAGAGAGCCCGAUGUGGGUCUCGAUCCCAGGACCCUGAGAUCAUGACCUAGGCUGAAGGCAGAAGUAACCCACUGAGCCACCCAGGCGCCCCUGAAUGUUUUUUUAAUAACAGCUUUAUUGGAAUAUAAUUUACAUUCCAUACAAUUUACCCAUUUAAACUAUAUAAUUUAGUGGCUUUUAGUUUAUCCACAAAGUUGCACAGCCAUCACCACAAUCAAUUUUAGAACAUUUUUGUUCUAAAUUUGGGGGAAGGGACACUUAUCAACCCAGUCGGGUGCCCAUUUGCAGCCACUGCCCAUUUUCCCUCAACCCCACCCCGACCCCAGCCCUAGGGCCACCGGCAGUCUACUUUCUGUCUCUAAAGAUUUGCCUAUUCUGAACAUUUCAUAUAAAUGGAAUCACAGAAUACAUGGUCUUUUGUGACUGGCUUCUCUCACUGAACAUAAUGUUUUCAAGAUUCGUGAUGUGAUAGCACGAAUCAGCACAGACCCGUACUAUAUUCCUUUCUGUGGAAUAAAAGUUACAUUCAGUUGUAUGGAUGUAUCACAUCUUAUUUAUCCAGUCAUCAGUUGAUGGGCACCAGGGUUGUUGGCACUUUGGGGCUGUUAUGAAUAGUGCUGCUGUGAACAUUCUUGUACUAGUUUGUAUGUGAACAUAUGUUCUUAAAUUUUUUUUAAUGACAGAAGUAACACAUUUUUGUCCUAACAAAUUAUCCUUGAAUUUUUUUCCAUAAGAAAUCUUUUUUUAAAGUUAUUCUUUAAAUAUUUUAUUUAUUUGAGAGAGUGAGUGAGCAGGAGAGAGGGGGAGAGAGAACCUGAAGUCAGCUCUGCACUGAGCACAGAGCCCUAUGUGGGGCUCGAUCCAGUAGCCACGAGAUCAUGACCUGAGCUGAAACCAAGAGUCAGAUGCUUAACUGACUGAGCCACCCAGGUGCCCCAAGAAAUCUUUUUAGAUAGCAGGCAGAAACAUCACCCUGAAGACCAGGCUCUCCCAUAUGCUGCUUUAAUCGGGGAGAUUCUUUACCUGACCCCAAAUCCCAUGUUUAUGACAGCAGUUAAAGUAACAACUAGAAGGAGCUCUUAUCCACAGAAGAUUAUGCCUCUCUCUCUCUUACGAGAUGGUCUUUAAAGAUUUUUAUGAGAAUAUAAGGAGGUGGUGUCUUAAAAAAAAAAAAAAAAAGAGAGAGAGAGGUGGUGUCUUUUUAUUCCAAAGUUUUAUGGUAGAUUUGUCAAAUCAGUACCAAGAAAACCCCUAAAUACAAAACCACCCCUACAUUUAGACUUUAGAGCAGAAACUGGGGAAGCCCUGAAGGCUUCAGACAAAAGGUAGCUUCAUCUUGGGCUCCACCUGUUUUCUCAAGACCUGAAAGGGAUGCUCGGACAUCCAACUUCCUACCUUUUACUUUAACCUCUUAAAACCCUUGUAAUCUCACCUAUGCCUUAAAAUCACCUCUCUGAAAUAUUGGGAGGUUCUUAAAUUUCAUACAUUUAAUUAGAUCAUGUAUUUUUAACUUGGGUUUCUUAACCCAUAUUUGAUAACUGCUUCUAAUUUUUAUUUUUAUUUUUUAUUUAAAUUAAAUUAACAUAUAGUACUUUAUUAUUUUCAGAAGUGGAGUUGAGUGAUUCUUCAAUCCUUUUUUUUUUUAAGAUUUUAUUUAUGGGGCCCCUGGGUGGCUCAGUGGGUUAAAGCCUCUGCCUUUGGCUUGGAUCAUGGUCCUGGGCUCCUGGGAUCAAGCCCUGGGCUCUCUGCUCAGUGGGGAGCCUGCUUCCCCUCCUCUCUCUCUGCCUCCCUCUCUGCCUAUUUGUGAUCGCUGUCUGUCAAAUUAAAAAAAAAAAAAAAAAGAUUGUUUUUACUUAGGAGACAGCAAGAGCAGGAUGAGUGACAGAGAGAGAAGCAGGCUCCCCACUGAGUAGGGAUCCCAAUAUGGGGCUUAAUCCUGAGUUUCCAGGAUCAUGAUCUGAGCUGAAGGCAGACACCCAACCAACUGAGCCACCUGGGCACCCCUCAUCAGUCUUAUGUAUACCUAGUGCUCAUUAUAUCAUACACCCUCCUUAAUGCCCAUCACCCAGUUACCCCAGCCCCCUACCCCCUCCCCUCCAGCAA